CACACCGCUAUAAUUAAUAAUCUCUCAUCAUUACCCUCUUCCCUCUCUCUCUCUCUCUCUCUCUCUCUCUCUCUCUCCCCCCAUUUGGUGUUUAUAUAACCCCGUCUCUUCUCCAUUCUUCCAUUCCUCAGCCUUUCCUUUUUUAUUUGCGCCUUAAAUUCUCGGGAUCCGAUCCGACAACUCGACAAAAGACUUUGAGACGACCGAUCAUCGUUUUUGGAGAGGUUCAAUUCCCGAGGAAAAUAUUGUUCUUUGUUCUUUUCCCCUUUUGCUUCCUUCUUUUGUCUGAUUUAGCAGCCACACAAACCCUACCUUCCUUCCUUCCAUUGCCCAAAAAAGGUUCUCCUCUUUGAAAGAGCAUUUUGACUCUACCCAGAUCCGUCUGUUCGCUUAUCCCAAUUUAAACCACAAGUAUUAGUUCCUUGCUCGAUCCAUCUACUGCACUAGCUAGUUUUGGUUUGUGGGUGGUAGUACUACAAUAUGAAUACAUUUUCACAUGUUCCUCCUGGUUUUCGAUUCCAUCCCACCGAUGAAGAACUUGUUGACUACUACCUUAGGAGAAAGGUGACUUGCAGAAGGAUCGACCUAGAUGUUAUUAAAGAUAUCGAUCUCUACAAGAUUGAGCCAUGGGAUCUCCAAGAAUUAUGCAGAAUAGGGACAGAAGAGCAGAAUGAAUGGUACUUCUUUAGCCAUAAAGACAAGAAGUAUCCAACUGGUACUCGCACAAAUAGAGCCACAGCUGCAGGGUUUUGGAAGGCCACGGGAAGAGACAAGGCGAUUUAUUCUAAGCAUGAUCUGAUAGGCAUGCGAAAAACCCUAGUAUUUUAUAAGGGUCGAGCCCCCAAUGGACAAAAGUCAGACUGGAUCAUGCACGAGUAUCGACUUGAGACAGAUGAAAAUGGAACUCCUCAGGAAGAAGGCUGGGUCGUAUGCCGAGUGUUCAAGAAGCGCCUAACCACCAUGCGCAAAGUGAGCGAGCACGAUUCGCCAAUUUGGUACGAUGAUCAAGCCUCAUUCAUGGCAGAUCUAGACUCUCCAAGACAAACUCCUCAGCCCAAUCUGAAUAACAACAAUUACCAGCAUUCCUAUCCCUGCAAGAGAGAGCUCGAUUUGCACUACUCAAUCCCCCAUGGCCACUUCCUCCAGCUCCCUCUCUUAGAAAGCCCAAAGCUGCUCCAAACUGCACCUGCCAUGAGCUGCAACUCCAUGGCUGCUUAUGGGCUUUCAUCACUCACACAAGAGGAGAACAUUCAACAGAUCCAUGAACAGAACUUGAACUCGAUCUUUGGAAGCAACAGCGGUGAACAGGCAGUGGACCAGGUGACCGAUUGGCGGGUUCUCGACAAGUUUGUUGCUUCUCAGCUCAGCCAAGAAGAUGGAUCCAAGGAAACUGAGUACCCAAAUGCAGGAAACAUGUUUGUCCAGCAGCUGAACAAGCAAGAGAUGACCAUGGAAAACGCCUCGACUUCGAACUCCAGUUGCCAGAUGGAUCUGUGGAAGUGAAGCCAUACAGGUUAAAGCAAAGAUAAUGGUACAUACUGAUCUAGGAAGGGUUCAUAUAUUAAGAGGAAGGGGAAUAUUUGGUGGUCCAAAAUUCUUGUACAUAAUAAAAGUAAAGCAACGUAACCUUAACUAUUGAGCCUCUGGAUAUAUAUAUAUAUAUACAUAUAUAUAUAUAUACCUUAAGUUAAUAUAUACAAGAAAACUAUAUUUGUUAUUGGGAUUCUAGGGUUGAUUAUUGUGAGUGGGAAGGACUUUGAUUCCCAGAAUUAUCUCCGUAUGUAACGGCUGUUAUUUGUAGCCUAUAAUCUGACAGCCACAUGUGCUGUUUAUAUAUGGAGUCAGCCUGUGGACAAUCGCAUAUGUGUAUGCAUGUAAUUGUUCCCCUAAUAGUAUUACUGUUUUGUAA